AAAGAAGUUUCCUCUUUAUUUCAGUCAGAUUCUGAAUGGUCCAACCACGAUGGACAGACCUUUUACGCCUGUCUAGUCGCCAUUGAACCUAAAGUACACUCUAAUAACUAAUAUAUAAUAUUAAUAACUAUUAGAUGCACAACGAGACUAUAUAGUGUACUAGCUACUACACUAUUCAACUUCCCUCCAAUAAUUAAUGUUACUUUCUUUAAUUUAUAGCUUUUUCUCUGGGUUUUUGUUUGUAGGUUUGUUCUGAUUUGAUAUUAUAUAGCUAUGCCAAACACACAAGCAAAAAAAAGCCUAAACUUAAAUCUCUGUUUCAAAAAAAUCAAGCUUUCCCAACUAUUCUCCCAAUCUCUUCCUAUGACGACUCCACAAAUCACCCCAGAAGAUCACAGCCGUCCAUUACCUCAACCCAAAUGCUCAUCAAUCUUGGUCAGAAACUUCAACUCACUUUACGAAAAUACCCUUGAUUUUUCCACCUCCAACUCUCCAACAUCUCCUUCCGCACACUCCGUCGACGACGAUGAUAACGACGGCGGUGCAGUCGCCGUCGCCGCCGCAUUUGCUUCUAGUAGAUUCUUCUUCUCCACUCCCGGAAGGUCAAACUCUAUCGUUGACUCGUCCACUACUAUUACCGCCUCCGCAGAGCCCGAUGAGGCAGUCUCCUCUACGCUCUUCGGAAACAGCGUGGCGGUGCCGACGAUAUCGCCGGACCCCUACUCGGAUUUUCGAAGGUCCAUGCAGGAAAUGGUGGAGGCGCGUGAGGUUGGUGACGUGGAAAAAUCUAAUUGGGAGUUCUUACAUGAACUUCUCUUGUGUUAUCUUGCUCUCAAUCCUAAAAGCACCCACAAAUUCAUUAUUGGCGCUUUUGCCGAUCUGGUUGUUAACGUUUUGCCUUCGCCGCCGGAAAGUGGCGGUGGCCGCCGGGAAUCUGAUGUAGUCGCGGAUAUUUAUGAGAAUAAGAGGUAGAUGAUUUUGUCUCUUUGCUGGGUUCGUUUAAUUAAUAAACUUUACUAAUUAAUUACAUAAAAUAUGAGAUGGGAACUGAAGUUGGUCCCCCAUUGAUUAUUUAAUUAAUACCGUGUUAUUGUAUGUUAAUUCAUGAUUAUAUUAUAACAUGUUUAUUCACUUGUUCCA